AUGCCGGAGAUCACCAAGUCGGUGCAGUUCGAAAACAUUGCCCGCGAGUGGCGCUGCAAGUGGUCUGCCGACAAGGACAAGGCCUCCCUGGAAGCAGCACAGGAACUCUUGAAAUCGGUAAUAGCAGAUGUGAAGGCGGUGGCUGGGGUCAAGAGCGUGCAGCGCGUGGUCUGUGGUGGAUGCCUUGACUUCAAGGUGGUGGUCAAAGUUGCAGCCGACCAGUUCGGAGAUUGGGAGAAGGCCAAGUUUGCCCCGGAAGAAAGCUUUCUUGAGAAGCUCAAGGCCAUCGAGGGGAUCUCCAUCGUCGAGACCCAGACCUAUACUCUGGAAGAGAUGUGA